AUGCUUGCUUCGUCGCUUCUUUAUGGUCUUUUGGCCGCUGCCUCCUCGGUUAACGCGUACCAUCACGCAAAGACUAUCAACUACACUGUCGUAACCGGUAUCUUCCAACAAGACGAUAAUGCUACCAAUCCAUCAACUUUCGAUUUCCUCAGCACGAAUUUCGGUCUGAUCAAUCGUACGUACCCCAGCGACGCAUCCCACCCGGAUCGCAAACACGCAACCCAAUGGCAACGUCUUGCGCACUAUCUCUCCACCCUGAACAACAAGGCACCGCGCAAUGAACGCUACACCCUCUUCUUCAUGGGUCGUCACGGCGAAGGCUUCCACAACGUCGCCGAAUCCUACUUUGGCACCCCGGCGUGGAACUGCUACUGGUCCGAACUAGAUGGCAACGGCACCGUCACGUGGGCUGAUGCACAGCUCACGGAAACCGGUAUCGAGCAAGCAAAGGUUGUAAACACCUUCUGGAAACACCUCAUAAAGGAUGAAAAGAUUUCUCCGCCAGAGACAUUUUACACUAGCCCAUUGCACCGCUGCCUCGACACUGCCAGGCUCAACUUCGAGGGUGUACCGCUUCCGCGCAAGAACCCCUUUGUGCCUGUCGUCAAGGAAUUUUUGAGGGAGGGUAUCAGCGCACAUACUUGCGAUCGUCGCAACAGCAAGUCCUACAUCAGGAAAAACUUCCCUGGCUUCAAGUUUGAGAAGGGUUUCGCGGAGGAAGACCCGUACUGGACUGAGCUGUUCGCCGAGCCACGCGCAAACCAAGACGCUCGUUCCAAAGCUGUUCUCGACGACAUUAUCAGCAAUGAUGAUAGCACGUACAUCUCCAUUAGUUCACACUCUGGUGAGAUUGGAAGUCUGCUACGAGUCCUCGGCCACCGUGAGUUCCGUCUUGCGACUGGAGCUGCUAUCCCCGUUUUGGUCAAGGCAACGACGAUUAAUGCUCCUGCUCCUCCUACUACCAGUUUGCCGUACACACCGCAGAAGACGUGUGCUCCCCCGCCUACUAUCCGUGACUCGAGCUGCAACGACUGCUCGUGCUGCACUUAG